AUGGGUGGGACUACCUCCAAGAUCGUAGAUGACUUAUUAGAAGAUACAAAUUUUGAUCGGGAUGAGAUAGAAAGGUUAAGGAAAAGAUUUAUGAAAUUAGACAGGGAUUCAUCUGGUUCAAUAGACAAAAACGAAUUUAUGUCUAUUCCUGGUGUUUCUUCAAAUCCCUUGGCUACUCGUAUAAUGGAAGUGUUCGAUACUGAUAACUCUGGGGAUGUGGAUUUCCAAGAAUUUAUUACGGGGUUAUCAAUAUUCUCUGGCCGUGGUAGUAAAGAUGAAAAGCUUAAUUUUGCAUUUAAGAUCUAUGAUAUCGAUAAAGAUGGUUAUAUAUCGAAUGGUGAAUUGUUCAUUGUAUUGAAGAUUAUGGUAGGAAAUAAUCUAGACGAUGAUCAAUUACAACAAAUUGUUGAUAGAACUAUAGUAGAAAAUGACAAAGAUAACGAUGGGAAAUUAAGCUUUGAAGAAUUUAAAAAUGCUAUUGAGACCACUGAAGUGGCGAAGAGUUUGACUUUACAAUAUGAUGUAUAG